GCCAACACAAGUGUGAGAGGAAGGAGGAAGGGUGGAAGGACUCACUGUAUACACUGUCCUCUACACUAGAAGAACUUACCAUUACGCCCACCGCUAGUUAGGUUUGCAGUUAUCGGCGUCCCAAGCAUCGUCUGCAAUCUGCCUUGUGAUUAGCCAGACUUCUGGGGGAAGCGGAGCCAGAUGGAAAGUUUUUUGCCGGAAGAUAUAAGUAUAAGCGAAGUCCAAUAACUCUGCAGAAGAUAGGAGCAGCAAUCCCUAAAUAUGCAAAUUCUCGGGCCAGUUUGAUAUUUCGCAACCCCGGAGCCUAGGAAAGUUCCCGCCAUGGAUUACAUCUGCAGCGACUGCGGCAAGACCUUCAGCAAGAGCAUCAACCUGACGCUCCACAUGCGGGUUCACACGGGCGAGAGGCCGCACGGCUGUGACGUGUGCGGAAGGAGCUUCACGCAGAAGAGCAGCCUGAACACGCACCGCAGGAUCCACACCGGCGAGAAGCCCUACGAGUGCUCUGAGUGCGACAAGAAGUUCAGCGCCAAGAACAGCUUCGACAGCCACAUGCGGAUGCACUCGGGCGAGAAGCCUUUCCGCUGCGCCGAGUGCGGCCAGGGCUUCAACCAGAAGAGCACUCUCAACGCCCACCAGAGGUCCCACACGGGCGAGAGGCCCUACGGGUGCCCGGAGUGCGGCAAGCGCUUCCUGGUCAAGGUCCACCUGGACGAACACUUCCUCAUCCACACGGGCGAGAAACCCCACGCGUGCGCCGAGUGCGGCAAGAGAUUCGUGCAGAAGGUCAACCUUCACAACCACGAACGCAUCCACACGGGUGAGAAGCCCCACUCUUGCCCCGUGUGUGGCAAGAGCUUCAUCCAGAAGAGCUACCUGACGAUCCACAAGCGCAUCCACACCAACGAGAAGCCGUACGUGUGCUCGGACUGCGGCAAGUGCUUCAGAUCCAAGGGGGACCUCAACGGCCACAUGCGGGUCCACCUCAAGAGCGCUGUCGACGCGAAGAGCAAGAAGAAGGCCUCGAAGAAGGGCCUCGUAGCGUCCCUGGAACCCACCCACCCGCAGGACUACCCGCUGGACUUCCCCGUGCCCUUCGUCAGCCUAGACACGGACCCAAAGGCCUUCGGCGAGCAGGGAGGACUCGACUACCUUCUCAACGGCGGAGGCGACCACCCUCGGAUGCGCCUCGGCUUCUCGCGCGGGGGCCUCUCGACGCCAGCCUUGCCGCCGCCCGCGCCGCCCUCCGAGGCUGCUUUCGACGACGACAUCGUCAUCAAGGAAGAAAUUGUGGAAUGAAAAGCUGGCACAAAAUGGCCGACUAUUUUUUAUUGGAAAUAAAAAAUGAAAUGCCUUUCCUUUACUUUUAAGUGAAAUGAAUUGUACAGUCACGUCAUUCUCUCAGUGCCAUAGUAAUAUGGCGUCUUUGUUCCUAUAAUGUAUACUGAGACCUGUCUGUAUGACCGAAUAAAAAAAUUAUUUUGGUUA